AUGGUGCGCGAGCUCCGCGUCGACUCCUUCUACGCGCGCCUCCGCGCCGCCGCGUCCGCGGCCGCUGGCUCCUCGUCCCCGCUCCUGAUCCUCCCGUCCGCCGCCGACGCCGACUCGCUGUGCGCGGUCAGGGUGCUGGCGCACGUCCUCUCCGCCGACUCCAUCCGCUUCUCCAUCUACCCCGUCGCCUCCACCGCCUCCGCCAAUGCCCUCCUCGCCUCCUUAUCCGGCACCGCGUCCUCCGCCCCGCUCUGCCUCGUCCUCGUCAACUGGGGCGCGCACCGGGACCUGCGCGCUCUGCUUCCCCCCGCCGCUACUGCUUUUGUCGUUGACUCACACCGCCCCGUCCAUCUCCACAACCUCUGCGCGCGCAACGACCGCGUCGUUGUCCUCUUCACCGCCGACGACGAGCACACCGCGGAUCUCUCCUACGACUUCGACCUCUCCGCGCUCGCCGACGCCUCCGACCUCGCCGCCGACGCCAACGCCGACGACCACCUUUGCGGCGCCCCCGACUCCGACGCCUCCGACUCGGAGGAUUCCGACGCCGACGAGGAGGAUGACGACGCCGGCGGCGGCAGCGGCGGCAGGAGGAGGAAGAGGCGCCGCCUCUCCGACGACGGCCCCGACCCCGACCCCGACCCCGUGAGGCUCUUCGGGAGGCUGCGCCGCGAGUACUACCGCCUCGGCUCCUUCCACGGCAAGCCUUCGGGGUGCCUCAUGUACGACCUCGCCCACGCCAUGCGCAAGAACACCAACGAGCUCCUCUGGCUCGCCUGCGUCGCCCUCACCGACCAGUUCGUCCACGACCGCAUCACCAACGAGCGCUACCAGGCCGCCGUCAUGGAGCUCGAGCAGCACAUCAACGGCUCCGGCAACCUCGACCCCUCCGGCGCCGGCUCCGUCGUCACGCUCAAGGAUGGCACCAAGAUCCGGGCGCCGGAAGCCUCGCGCAUCGCCUACGAGGACGAGCCCAGGCUCAUGCUGCUGCGGGAGUGGAGCCUGUUCGACUCCAUGCUCUGCUCCUCCUACGUCGCCACCAAGCUCAAGACCUGGAGCGACAAUGGGCUCAAGAAGCUCAAGCUGCUGCUCGCCAGGAUGGGCUUCCCGCUCGCCGACUGCCAGAAGAACUUCCAGUACAUGAGCAUGGAGGUCAAGCGCAAGAUGCGGGAUGAGUUUGACCGCUUCCUGCCCGAGUAUGGCCUCACCGAGUUCUACUACCGGAGCUUCUUGAGAGUGCACGGGUACAGGUCCAAAGUUUCUGCUGCAGAUGUUGUGUAUGGUGUCACAGCGUUGCUUGAAUCACUGGAUGCUGAGACCAAGGACGCAAAGGGAUCUUCAGCCGCUGAGCAGUUUUGGGUUGCUUACUCUGCAUUGUCACUGAGCAAUGCCGACCAGUUGCGAAAAGGGAUGCAAUCUGCAAUUGAGAUACAGAGGGCGAUACUGAGACAAGGAAGCUCGGCGAUUACUAGGACAGGGUUUAUACGGAGUGCCAAGAAGUUCCGGUGGGUGAAGCUUGAUGACCCUGUGGACACUAACAAGCUUUGCCAUCCGCAGGCACUUACCAAGUUCUGCUUCUUUCUGCUGGAUGCUCUAAAGGAAAGGGGAGCAAGGAUGAAGCCACUAAUCUGUGCAUGCUUAGCAAACGAGCCUGACAAGGUGCUAGUUGUCGGGGUAUGUGGGAAGCCAAGGCUUGGGGCUGUCCAGGGGAAUGCGUUUGGUAACGCUUUCAGGUCUGCAGCAGAGGAGAUUGGUGCGGACUAUUUCCAUGACAUGUUUGAGUCAUCAUGGAUUGUUCUCGAUGUUGUUGCUGUCAGUUCUUUCAUGAUUCGAUUGACGGAGAAGCUAUGA